AUGAUCUGUAUCCUCGGCUCUGUCUUACUCUUCCUAUUUCUCGUCGUCUUCCUCUACCUUCACAUCACGCAAUUACGGCGGAGCUCAGCCGCUGAAGUAUCUCCCGGUGUCACAAACCGAGGAGAAGAAGACGAGGACGAAACGGAAGAGAGAGAUUUCUCCGGCGACCAUCACGUUUGGAGAGUCAACACUUCCGGUCUCCACCGUUCAGUGAUCGACUCGAUGACAGUCGUCGGAUUCAAAAAGGGAGAAAGGAUAAUCGAAGGCACGGAAUGCUCUGUUUGCUUAAACGAAUUUGAAGAAGACGAAUCGCUGAGAUUGUUACCAAAGUGUAGCCACGCCUUUCACAUAAAUUGUAUCGACACUUGGUUGCUUUCUCAUAAGAACUGUCCUUUAUGUCGUGCACCUGUAUUUCUCACUCACCAAGAAACAGAGACGAAUCACCAAUCAUCAGAGUCUAGAUCGAGCAACGACCCUCUUGGAGAAGAGGAGAGUUCGGAAACUAGAAACGUUAAUGUUCUUUCGAGGGCACGUAGCGAUUUGGCAAACCAUUGUGGUGGCUCGGGAAGUGUAGAAACUGAGAGAAGAUCGUUUUCGAUUGGAGGAAGCUCGUCACUUAAAGCUGAGCAGAGUGAUGAUAGAAGUAGAAGACAUUUCUAUAGCAGUUUCAGUGCUAACUUCUUCUCGUCAUCAACAAGAUCAAGGAACCAAGACCAGGUUCUUCCAACACGAAUGCCUUCUGCGUCUGGUUAG